AUGACUACUCUUCUACCCAGUGUUAUCAUAGACAUAGGUAAGGGUGCUAAUGGAGACGGAUCUGCAUACUAUCCUCCUGAGGAAUCUUCUGGCCAACAGGUCAGGUUGGAAGAGUCUGAGGAUCCUCCAAACUCCAGCUUCUGGAAGUUUGAACAUGAGGCACUAGCUGGACAGCCUUUCAUGGUUAGGGAAGUUAAGUAUAAUGGUAUGGGUGUUCCAAACAUAACACCUAGUGGUCCCAUUUAUGAUUACUCAGUAUGGUAUUGGAAACACGAUGAAGAAAUGACUAAUCCAUUACUCAUAGAAGUAUGGAAGAAUGGUAAAUAUGAAUAUAGUUCUAACAAGGGAAAUAAUAGCUGGACUAGAUAUAAAGAUCCUCAACUCCAACAACUCCAAGGUAAGAGACUUGAAAAGAAGCUGGAAAGCCUCAAUUGCCAAUACCACAAAUUGGUCACCAUAAAUCUUACGGAUGACGUUUCUAAGGAGUAUGCUAGAAGUCAAAAACCGUACUGUUGUAACAAGCAUGAACGUAGUGGUCAAGGAAGGGUCUCUGUUACUUCUGGGAAGAUAAAUGUAAGUGGUCAAACUAUUACGGCCUACAAGCAUGAACUUGACCCUAGCUUUCAAUUGGCCGGUAUUAAGUACAAUGAAGGUGGUGUAGGUGGUCCAAGGAAGAAUAUAAAACUGAAGGCAUUUUCUUUUCCCAUCGAUGGUUCUAUUAGUGUUUAUGUCUUUUAUUGCCAAAAGCAUGACCCAUUAUUAAUAUACGUUGAAACAACAAACCCAGACGCUAAAGGAUGGUAUAAAAGGCAAAAGAAUAGUAGUGGUAAAGAUGAAGAGUGGAAAAAACUCCCUGAACUCCGAGAGAUAACACCAGGGAAUCUUCUCCAGAAUACUGGUUGUGGCAAAUACACUAAACUUGUGAGAGCACUAAAGAAGGUCGGAUGUGCUGUCUCGGCAACAUGUAGCGCCACUUCUUUCGUGACGGUAGCCUAUGAACAAGCUAAUCGAACCUCAUCUCAACAAGAAGAACAAGACUCCCAACGUUCUGAAGGUACCGGAUCUACUGGGGAAGAUGAAGAGGAUGAGGAAGACAAAGAGGAAUAUGAAGCUGAUACUGAUAGUCAACCUAGUGCUCCUGGACCUUCAGGUGAGCCUGGUGAAGGUGCUGCUGGACCUAGUGGACCUACUGGUGAUAGUGAAGAUAGUGGAGGUGGUGGAAGAAAAGAGAGUCAAGAAGGUGAAUCUAGACCUGCUGAAUCUGCCCCUAGUGAAUCUGGUAGAGAUGGUGAUAUAGUACAAGACUCUGGUGAAGUUGAUCAAUCCUUACCUAAAACUCAAGGUGCUGAAAAAGGAGCUGAAGGUGCUAAAGCUGCUUCUUCUGAAGGCCUUCCUCCUCCUACUCCUCUUGAAGAACCUAAACCUCCUGCAAGAUCUGUUGGAGCUGCUCCUCUAGGAUUAAUGGCAAUCUUUAAAAUAUCAUCUGGCGUUUUUGGUGGAAGUGGCGCAGUUGGUCUGGCAGGUUAUCAUUUAUAUAAGCAUACCAGAGACCCUUGGGUCAGACAGAUUUAA